GUAUAUAUAAAAACGAAAGAAUGAAUGAACGGCAUUAGACAUUACAAACUAGAAAUUGGCACAAGUGUUAAUAGAAAGAACAAUGGAUUUCAGGAAGAAGGCAGAGGAGGUUGCGGAUAGAUUACAGAGAUAUUAUAAAAUGACCGAAGGGUGGACAUCAUCUAAGAAAUCGAAAAAUUUUGAAAUUUCAUACCGCCAGUCCGAGGAAUUUUCUGGACACUUAUAUAAAGGUGAAGCCAUCUAUAACUGUCCCCCCAAAACUGUGUUUGAUUAUGUAGAACCCCUGCCUGAUGGUCCUAGAGCUAAAUGGGACACCAAUAUGAAGAAAAUUGAAAUCCUGAAGUGGAUAGAAAAACCUGAUUUAAGAAUAAAUCGAGCUUGUACAGCUAGUGCUAUGCUUGGUCUGAUCUCACCUCGAGACUUUGUGGAUCUCAUUCUUGUUCGAGACACAGAGGAAUGUCUUUCAACAAACGCGUGUAGUGUGGAGCUAGAGGAGUUUCCUGAGGAAAAGAAGUAUGUAAGAGGCUGGAAUUACCCCUGUGGAAUACUAGUUAUAAAAUACCGAUUAGACCCUAAUAAGUGUAAGCUGGUCAGCUUAAUUCAGCCAGAUAUCAAAGGUAUGCUUCCUAAGAACGUUGUAGAAGCUGCCAUCCCAGGCUCCAUGACUGAGUUCUUCACAAAGCUUGAAGAACAACUGAAGAAAGACGGAAAGAUUACUAGUUGAGGACAUCCCAUUAAGCCCAGUGCUUGGUGUUCACCUUUAUUGUAUGUGAUUUGUUGUCCAACACUAUAUUGUUGUGAAACGCAGAUUUCAAUUAUUUAGAAAGGAACAAACAUGUAUCAUGAACAAACGCUAGAUAUGUGUGCUGUAAAAAGCAUGGUAAGAUUGGCAAAAACCAGAAAAACCUAACAGAGUUGGUUAUCUUUGUGCCUUCCAACUAAAAUUUUAAAAAGCCAAAUCAAAUGCAAAGAAAUUUUAAAUUUCAAAACACCAGUAUUUUAGAUACUGUUUUAAUUUAUAUUUUAAUAUUAAAUAACACUUAUUGUAAUAUAUAUAUAGUCAAAUUAACU